AUGACAUUCUUUAUCACCCUAAUAUCUUGUUCAUUUACUUUCUUUUUAUUACGUUUCUAUCAAUUCAUCCUAAACAAAAUUAAAUAUUUUUCUUCCUCGUUUUUCUUUGCCUUUCUUUUUCCUUUUAUCCUCCUUGUCUUUAUUUGCCUUUCUUUUUCCUUUUAUCCUCCUCGUUUUUCUUUGCCUUUCUUUUUCCUUUUAUCCUCCUUGUCUUUAUUUGCCUUUCUUUUUCCUUUUAUCCUCCUCGUUUUUUUCUUUGCCUUUCUUUUUCCUUUUAUCCUCCUCGUUUUUCUUUGCCUUUCUUUUUCCUUUUAUCCUCCUUGUCUGUAUUUGCCUUUCUUUUUCCUUUUAUCCUCCUCGUUUUUCUUUGCCUUUCUUUUUCCUUUUAUCCUCCUCGUUUUUCUUUGCCUUUCUUUUUCCUUUUAUCCUCCUUGUCUUUAUUUGCCUUUCUUUUUCCUUUUAUCCUCCUCGUUUUUCUUUGCCUUUCUUUUUCCUUUUAUCCUCCUCGUUUUUCUUUGCCUUUCUUUUUCCUUUUAUCCUCCUUGUCUUUAUUGCCUUUCUUUUCCUUUUAUCCUCCUUGUCUUUAUUUGCCUUUCUUUUCCUUUUAUCCUCCUCGUUUUUCUUUGUCUUUCUUUUUCCUUUUAUCCUCCUCGUUUUCUUUGCCUUUCUUUUCCUUUUAUCCUCCUUGUCUUUAUUUGCCUUUCUUUUCCUUUUUAUCCUCCUCGUCUUUCUUUGCCUUUCUUUUUUCCUUUUAUCCUCCUCGUUUUUCUUUGCCUUUCUUUUCCUUUUAUCCUCCUCGUUUUUCUUUGCCUUUCUUUUCCUUUUAUCCUCCUUGUCUUUAUUUGCCCUUUCUUUUCCUUUUAUCCUCCUCGUUUUUCUUUGCCUUUCUUUUCCUUUUAUCCUCCUCGUUUUCUUUGCCUUUCUUUUCCUUUUAUCCUCCUUGUCUUUAUUUGCCUUUCUUUUUCCUUUUAUCCUCCUCGUCUUUAUUUGCCUUUCUUUUUCUCUAUUUCUUUUCAAUUCCUUCCCCUUUUAUGUCCUAUAUAUCUCCACAGCAACCAUCUAUUACUUCCUUUCUUUCGUUUUUAUCUAACAUCCCUUUCUUAUCAUUUAUAG